AGCUGUUCUUCCGGGAAAAUGGCGACUCCCGCCCGUGCCCCGGAGUCGCCUCCGGCCGCGGAUCCCGCACCCGCCGUGGGGCCUGCCGAGGAGGAAGCCGACUGCCCGCCGCCGCCGCCUCGCCGACCUCAGGUCCCGCAGAAUGUCCUCGCUGCCCCGCGGCUUCGAGCCCCCAGCUCCCGAGGACUUGGGGCCGCGGAGUUUGACGGAGCUGCGGGAGAUGUUGAGGCGCCAGGAGAGACUUUUGCGCAACGAAAAAUUCAUUUGCAGAUUGCCCGACAAAGGUAAAAAGAUCUUUGGCACUGUUGCCAAACUGAAAGCUGCCAUUGCAGAACGUGAAGAGGUUAGAGGAAAAAGUGAACUGUUUCAUCCUAUUAGUUUAGACUAUAAGCUAAGGCAAAAUGCAAUUUCAGGAGUUGAUGUGGAUGUAGAUAAGCCCCAGAAUUCUGACCAGAUACUUGAUACUUCAUCACCAGUUCCUGGCUGUUCCCCUGUGGAUAGCAUCAAGUCAUCUAAAACAACCUCAGAAAAGCAGGGACUUGUGCAUCCUGCUCACAAAGACAAUGAAGACACUCCAGAGGCUGAGUACACGGUGAGCAAGGGCCCAGCUUCCAACAGCAGAGCCAAGGGAUCUUCCUCAUCUGAAUCUAUUGAGCAUCUCUCCCAGCAUUGUGCUUCAGAUCGAGACGACAUCUCCUGCAGCCUUGACAACCUGUUUAUUGACAGGUUAAAAAGAAUCACACUUGCAGAUCAAGGUGAACACCAUUCAGAAGAAAAACUGAGUGCUGAAAACUCAACAGACCUUUGCAGUGGGACUCCUAAGAAGCCUCAUUACAUGGAAGUGCUAGAAAUGCGAGCUCAAAACCCAGUGUCCCUGCCACAUAAAUUUAAAACCAACGUGUUGCCAUCACAGAAAAAUGACUCAACUGGUCAUUGUCAGAGGGGAGAGCCGCCUGUUUCCUCAGAGGAGCGGCGGCGCAGGGAUAAGCAGCAUCUUGAUGACAUCACUGCCGCGAGACUCCUACCACUUCACCAUUUGCCUACACAGCUGCUCUCCAUAGAGGAGUCUUUGGCUCUUCAGAAACAGCAGAAACAGAAUUAUGAGGAGAUGCAAGCGAAGCUCGCAGCACAAAAAUUAGCUGAAAGACUGAACAUUAAAAUGCAGAACUAUAAUCCAGAAGGAGAGUGUUUGGGGAAAUACCGAGAAGUAAAGGAUGAAGAUGCCGGGCAGUCCUCUGAUGAUGGAUUCUGAAGAUGGGCACUGGAAUAAUCUAAGCCUCCCACUGUCGAGAUGCUAUUAUCUUACAUCAGACUUCCUAACAAGUAUCAAGAUCAGUGUCAGACCUUGAGGGGAAAAUUUCAUAAAGUUACACAAAGGUAGCUACAAUAGAAAGCCCAUUGAUCUUUCAGAAGAUGAUUUUUAUGUGUUUGAAAAGUUUAAUAUCCAAGUAUUGUGUUUAACCACAUUGUAUUAAAGUUUUGCAGUAUGUUG